UGACGUGUGACUGUCCCCCUCCCCAACUCUGCUGUACUCCUGAGGAGUGUUCAGACUGGUAGCUGCCCGUCUAUAUGUUGGCACGGUACCCCAGGCGUUCCGUGCCCCUUGUUUUCCUGCUCCCGGGGUGAGGCGGGAGGGGGCAGGGAGCACAGCUGGGAGCAGGGCACGGGCGGGGGGAAGGAGAAGGAAGUGGCCGCGACUAAGCGCUCCCCAUAGGACCGCACUGUCAGAGCGAAACCGCACAGCGACUCCGGGGGAGGCAGGACACUACAGGGCGCAGACAUCCAUGUGCGGCGGAGAAGGGAGCGGCUACUGAAGUGGGCACUUGACUGCAUGGCAUGUAGAGGGCCAGGAGGAGAGCGGCUGAUGCCAAUGGUGAUGAGGGAGAUUUCUCCGAGGGACAAGCGGCCGUAGGAACAUGAAGGUCUGGCUGCUUCUCACCGCCGCCCUCUGGAUUACCGGGGCUCUCUGCAGGGCGCUGCCUGGCAUCCAGAACUCUCUGAAAUGUGACCCAGAGAAGCAGUAUGAACAUCAUGGACAGUGCUGCAAUAAAUGCCCGCCUGGAACAUUCAUGAAAGCCAAAUGCACCCCCUUUGCAAACACUACUUGCCAUCCCUGUGGCCCUAAUGGAUACAUGAGCGUUUGGAAUGAAGAUCUGAGUUGCACACUUUUCAUGGUUUGUGAUGCAGGGAAAGCUUUGCGCAUAUCUUUUAAGGGAAACAGCACAUACCCUCGGGAAUGUGAGUGCUUUGAUGGGUACCACUUUGAUACAAAACUUGAACUAUGUCUGGAGAAUUCUAAGUGUCCCCUUGGCUUUGGAGUGCAGAUACCAGUCCAAUCAAAUAAAAAUACUGUCUGCGUACCAUGUCCUGUGGGAUAUUAUUCCAACACUUCAUCUGCAACAGGAGCAUGCACCCAAUGGACAAACUGUACAGAUGUUGGAUUAAAAGUAAUUGUUCCUGGCACUGACAUAUCUGAUGCUAAAUGUGAUCGGCAAAGUGUCCUACCAGAUCUGACAAAGAUGGUAAUUCUGAUUAUUUUCAUCAUUGUGGCAACAGGGAUUGUGAUAUGCAUCAUCUACAUUGUGCACUUUAGGAAGAACUACAGUGCGUUCAUAGGGCAAGAAAAGCAAAGUUAUGACCAAGUACAUAAAUCUCAGGAGAAAGUAUUCAGUAAACAGAUUGAGUCAAAAGACUGCAUACACAGAGUUCACUCUUCUUCAGGAGACCAUGAUCCUCUAAAAGAAUCAGUGACUUACCAAGGCAGGUUGAUUCCAACAGAAGAUGAAUACAUGGACCAGAGAAAGUCGCCUGAACCAGAAAAUGGGAGCAUGGCUGCAGGCACAGACUCAACUUCAGAUAUUGGCUCUCUCGGAACAGUCUAUGGUUUUUCUGAUACCAGUUCUGAUAGACUGCUUCCUCCUUCGCAGGAAGAAGGUGUUAGCAUUCCUCUGUAUUCCCACCACCAUUGUGGUCAGUCUGCAAAAGAAAUCCAGGACAACUAUGCUAGAGGUCCUGUAGCGUGUAGCCAUUGUGCUUCUCAGCAAACAUUUCAGGGAUUCUCACAGGCAACACAUCCGACCCCAGAGAGAAAUGAUGGAGAGGAGCCAUGUUUUUGCUUCACUGACAGGCAGUACUCAAGAAGUGAAAGCAGUGCCAGCAGCACCACUACCACAGAUCCACCAUCACCUCCGUCAGGAAAUGUGACAGGGAAUCAUAACACAACAGUUAUUUCUACUGCCCCAGUCAUGAACAUUAAGACAGAUCUUGUUGUGGUGUACUACAAUUCAGCCUCCCAGGAGACACCCACAGUGAAUGAAAAUGUGGACACCAUGAGGCGGCCAACACAAGAGGAGAGCCAGAGCCAUUAUGACAGCUUUGUGGGCAAUACCCAGCCUCCCAGAUACAGGGACAUUCCAUGUUCUUCUGUAUCUGAUACGGACAGUAAAAUGUUUGUACAUCAGCUCAGCAGCCAAGACAGCCUGGACAUGUUUAGUCAGGAACAACCCAGUAUCUUUUUAUCUCCAAAUGCAAGCUUUUUACCUGUGCAAGAAGAAGGAAAGCCAGAAUUUUAUCUUUGAGAAAAGUUUUCAGUUUUUGCUUUCUGUGAAAUCUAUGCUCUCGUCAUCCACUAAUAUGUGAAAUAUUCAGCAAGUCCCCAGCUAGAGUGUUUAUCAGAAGCAUAGGAAACAGCAGGGAGUUAUCUGGGUAUAAGGGUCCAGUGGGAUAAGAUUAGUCAAACAUUUUUAACAUUUUCUGCUACUCUAACUGUCUGUCAUCUGUGGUCUGGUGCUUAUUUUCCAAUACGUCAUAUAUUUAUUUAUCCGUGUUGUGAACUUGGAAGGGGAAUUUGUACUCUCUGUCACUUUUAUCAAGCUUCAUUUCUCAAUGUUGUACAAAGUAAAAUAUAUUUUUUCAUGCUAAUUUAGCUCAUUUAAAUUUAAAUGUAUUUUAAUGUAUUAACGCUAACCCUUACAUGAUUUGGAGCAAAAUGUAACCAUUAAGAAUGUACAUGGUGAAUUGUAUAUAAAAUCUGUGUGUGUGUAUUGCCAAGAAACUAAUUUUGUUUCUUGUCAGUUUGUGACACCCGGACCUUUUGUAACCAUUGUUAUCCUAGAGGGGUUUUCUCAGCGUAAAUAAUGAAGUGACUAGUGUGUCAAAUGUCCUAAAGGUCCUAUUACACAUGGGGGUCAAAUAGGCCCAUAUCAUCCUGUGUAAUAGGGCAAGUGACCAGCCAAUGAACAAGCAAACAAUAGUUAAUUAGUUGACCCGUAAACUGGGAGGAAAAAAAAUCACACAUACAUGUAUUUUUCAGUGUAGUUAUUUACAGAGUGAAAUGUUUCACCUGUUAACAAGUUACUGCCAAUAACUGCAGAACUGCGGCAAUUAUCAGUAAGAAAAUUAAACUUGAGGGUUUCACACACCGCUUUUUGUGGCAGUUUUUCUUUCAGUUUUGAGACAAAGCCAAAAACAAAUUCAAAAGAAAUGGUAAAGCUAAAAAAAAGUGUUGGGGGCUGUAUUAUCAAUAUUGGACUGGACUGGACGACUCCACAAAAAAAAUUAAUUCCGUAGUUAGUCAUUAUGUUACAUAAAUAUAUGCCUAAAAUAUUUGUUGUGUGUGAUCUGCUCUUGUGCUGUAGGUGGUAUUUAGUAAAAAAAAUACCCUAUGAAAAAUGCAGGUAGAUGAUGAUGAUUCAACAAAGUCAAUUUCUACAGCACAAUUAUUGGCUAAAGUAGAAUAAUACCUUGAGAUAACAAAAAAUAAACAAACCCAUCAAUGUAUCCAUAGGCUGUCCCUUUAGUAUUCAUAUAUAUACUGUGUAGAAUAACAUGGACUGCCAUGCUGUUCAGUACUGUAAAAGAAGGUAUACAUUAUAUUGUAGGGCUUUUAUGAUAUUGGAUUACCUGUAUGUCUAACAUUUGGUGCACCAGGGGCCUUAACCACAUGACAACAUCGGACGUACAUGCAUGGCAUGGCAACCUUGUACUUGGCUCACCGUGCAGUGAGUCUAUGAAGUGAGUGCAUGGGCUGCACUUGCUUCAUAGAUGUAGAGUGAUGGCAGCUAUCACCUUGAACCCUUUAAAUGCUGCGAUUGCAGCAUUGAAGUAGAUCCGUAACAGGAGUCACUUGUCCUAUCAGUAUCCCUGGAGUGUGACUGCAGGAUGUUGAUCAGUUUCCAUGGCAGCUAGAGUCCUAGAAGGACUUAAAGGGGUACUACGCCCCUAGACAUCUUAUCCCCUAUCCAAAGGAUAGGGGAUCA